UAAACUGUGCGCUGUCUGUUGUCGUGAACGGUGAAGUGAAGUUUGGAGCACAUCGAACUUUGUUUUCUCUGGACUGGAAAGUUUUCCUUGAUAGCUGUGCUAAAGAGAAAUUGGUGCAAUUCGUGUGUUAUUGAAUUUUCCAUGAACCUACGGGAACAUACGGUGGUUUUGUUUAGAUCAAGUGGUUAAUCAAUAUGCAAUUGAAAUCGACGAUGUUCAAGAAACAUGUGUUUAUGUGGCACGCAUAAUAUUGUUUUUCUCUACAAAUGCUUAAACAUGGCUACUAUUCAGUAAUUUUCAAUUAAAAGUGAUGCCGGGCCUACGAAAAAGCCAGACGUUUGUUGGGAUUAAGAUGUUUCUUCGCCGCCCAGGACAAGUGCGCUCAUUUCGCGGCGGAACGACAUGAGCAUAUUUGGUUGUUUAUUUCCGUGUGCCCCUCAGCCCGGCUGGAGAGAAGGCUUAGAGAGUGAGCGCUGCAUGUCAGAGCGAAUGGGGGCCAGUGCGUCGGCAUCGCAAGGAGCCGAAGGGGCUGCAGGAUUGGAUUUGAGUCAGAAUUUACCAGGUUUUGAGCCACCCGCUCCCCGUGAAAAAAAGAAACGUGUUACUGGAUUUGCAACUCUUAAAAAGAAAUUUAUCCGCAGGCGCAGGUCUUCGAAAGCUUGCGACCAUGGCAGAAUAUUACGUGAGCUAGUAUCUGAUUGGAGUCCUGUCGAAGUUGCAGCUCUUCUUGAGGAAUAUGAUGCUCUCCAAGCACUUAAAGAUCUCUGUGUACAAGCUGAACUCGCUAGACCACCUGCCGCUACAUUUAAGCAAGACUUAUCAUCACUUUAUGAUUUUAAAUAUUGUACUGACGCAGAUUUAGUAUAUCGGGGAGCUUGCUUUCCGAUUCAUAGAGCUCUGGUUUCGGCCAGGUGCCCUUAUUUUAGAGACUUAUUAGCUGGUUGUCCUGGAUAUGGUGCGCGGAUCUGUUUGGAUCUCCGUUCACCUUCUGUUGAUGUGCAGUUGUUUUCAGCCUUGCUUAGAUACUUAUAUACUGGUGAUAUUUGCCAUCAUAAUGGCAGCAUAGACUUGAAUCUCCUCAGAAGACUGCGGGAAGAAUUUGGUUCUCCCAAUCCCUUAGAAGACGAUUUGCGAUACCUUUUAGAUUCCGGUGACCACGCUGACGCAGCCCUGGUCUUCACUGAAGGCGCGGACGGACUUUUAGGGCCCAGGCCAGACUCAGCUGGAUCAGAAUAUGGAUUCAGACCUCGAUUGGAACUUCCAUGUCAUAGAGCUGUGUUGGCUGCUCGGUCGCCUUUCUUUAGAUCACUCUUAGCGCGGCGGGCACGGAUUCAGGAAGAAAGGCAACCAACGCGGAUUGUAUUAGAUGAAGGCGUCAUCCCCAAAAGAUAUGCCAGAGUUUUACUUCAUGCCGUUUAUCUGGAUCAGGUUGACUUGAAUCUAAUUUCCCGCGGAGGUUGUGGCGGGGGAUUGGGAGAAGCGCAAGCUCUGGCACACACAGGAAGAGCCAGGCCUUCACCCUUAGAAGAAGCUAUGGAAUUGUAUCAAAUAGGACGGUUUUUAGAACUGGAUAUAUUAGCUCAAGGUUGUGAGGACUUGAUAUUAGAAGCAUUGUCACUAGAUACUCUACCGUCAGUAUUGCAGUGGUCGCGCCAGCCUUAUGGAUCUGCUUGGGUUCAUAGACAGGCAUUACAUUUUUUACGAGAGGAAUUCCAGCCGGUUGCUCAAUCCCCUGUGCUGCACCAACUAGACAAAGAACAUAUAAUAGAAGUGUUGAAAAGUCCGUUCCUGCAAGCAAGUGAGCUUGAAGUUCUACAAGCUGUUUUGAAAUGGGGGGAACACGAACUAAUCCGCAGAAUGGAAGAUAGAGGAAUGUUUUCAGAGCCUAAUGUAGUUAGUCACACAGCUCAUUCUGUGACAAGGAAAGGGGUCAAGAAAAGAGACUUAAGUGACAUCGAGUUGAGAGAAAUCUUAUCAGAUUUGCUGCCCUGGGUUCGUAUGGAUCAUGUGCUGCCACCAAAUAGCGAAGUACUUCUUCAAGCCAUUCGGCGUGGCCUAGUAAGUACUCCUCCUAGUCAUAUGAUUGGCGGAGAACGUGAAAACUUACGUGUUAAUGCGUGGAUUCGCGGUUCUAAAAUGAACGGGCUAUUUGUUCAACCCCGAUUGUUUAUUCCUUACUACGACGAGUUAAAGGUACUGGUUGAAGAUCAGUUGGUACAAGAAGCAGAAAUAUUGCGUGGAAGGCGUGCUCGUUGUGGUCCGGAUCCCGAUAUUUCGUAUAUGACUGAUAUUCGAGGUGGCCCGUCUGGAGUGGAUGUUUUAUCUAGUGCUCCUCCAGUGCCUGAUGCUGCCGCAUUAAAUACUAUGCUAAAACGUGAGCAAAAGUUACGUCAGGCACCCGGGUGCCAACUGGCGUUGAGUAUGCCUCUCGGUUCUCGAGCUGAGAUUGGUCGGCAGAUUCGUUUGCGAGUGGUACGCGAAUUCAACCUACCUGAUAAUGUGGCGGAAGCAUUGGAAGCCUACCGCAUUGGUACACUUACUGAAGAAAACUCGACUGCAGGCCGCCGCAGCCCCGCUAGGCGCCGGCUUGUCACUCCGCCGAGGCGCCUUGCAGAGCCGCCUGAUGGUCGCUUACCUGACGUGGCCAUGGCUCCGUCCACUUUGGGACCCCCACCAGCGCCUUCCGAAUUACGCUUAGACUUAGGUGAUGGGCCACCCCCUCGUGCUACCCUUCGUGCAGCUUAUCGGUUAUGUCCUCCAGGACCGCCAUUUGCCCCCCCUGCGCCUGUACCUCGUUUUUUAUAGAACCCAUUCAUUAUACUUGCAGUUUCUCUUCGUGUUUCUUCAAAUAUUGGCGUCAAAUGUUCAAAUAAAUCAAAAUUGUCUUAUAGUUGAGUGGAAGUGCGGAUGUCUUGCAGACAAAAAACUGUACAUUUCUUCCAAUUAUUUAUGUUAAAUGCUUACCUCUCUUCGACCUUAUGUUCUGUAUAUAUCUCAAGCAUACUAUUGUUUGUUAUAGUAAAUCUGUGAUUCUCGAAAAAGUCAUAAUUAUAAUUGGCAUAUUUAUGUCUCUGAUUAUAUGUUGUUAUUCCAUCUUAAGGAUUUGUAUUGUGUGUGGACCAAGAAUUUGCUAAAAUGUAGCCUAAAUUAUACUAAAAAUUGUUUAUUUGUCCAGUUUAAUCUCUUAAAUUGUAUGUCAAGGUUUAUGCAGCUGUUAUAGUACUUAAUAUUGUUACUUAAACAUGUUGUCACUAUGUUAGGCUCCAUUCGGUCAUUUCGUCUGCCAUGGCUACAAUUUUAUUUUAAUGUAGAGCGUAAAUGUUACUAAAAUAUUCUCUCAGUAAAUCAUUGGCGUUAAGACCUCCAUAUAUUAACUGAGGUGACGUAUAAAAUCUGUAUUAAUGUACCUGUGUCUGUUUUAGAUGUUGCUGUAUUCCUGUUAAUAUAUAAAUAUAAUAUUCGUCAUACAGGUUUUAUGGUUGUGAAAACAACAAUAUUGUCUGUAAUCGCUAUUGUCUUCGGGUUUUUUUCCUGAACGUCUUAAAACUUGUAAGCACUACAGAGUCAUUCAAAUUUGGAGUCAUUCUUCAGGGGGUUAUCUAAGAGUAUUGAAGCAGUAAAGAAAAUCUAGUAAAAAUGUAAUCUCAUUGCAAACUGAAAUAUUUACAAAAAAAGCAAUCAUAAAUUAGACUAGGUACAAUGUUCCCGAAUCAGAUAUACGACGUUUUCCGCACUGGUACACACGCAAAUCAGCAAAGGUAAAUAACAGUAAAACUUUGGAAGACAUGAUGCCUACAGACACUAUGUACCCGCACAUAAAGUUAAAACCACCAGUAAACAUUCAAGCAAGCGCUCGGUGCAAAUUUCUUUGAAAUGUAUUGAAAACCGCCAGCCCCAUGGAUAGCGUGUGUUGUAUCUGACGAAAAUAUUUGUGAGCUUCUUUGUGCUACACAUCAAUAACAAUGUCUACAAAUACAACGUACAACAUAAAUAUUUAUUGAUGUCUACGCAUAACAAAGUCACUUCAUAACAAACUUCCUCUGAUUCAGUGUUGAUAUUUAAAUCUAAUAGUCAAGUUCUAUGUUAAAACAAAAAUUCGAGAAAAUUGUACUUGGUGAUAUAAGACUAGGGAUCUAGGCGUUAGAAUUACUUGAUUACAUUAUAAGUGACUUCACCAAUUCAGUAUCGGCCACUUAGACUUUCCCAAAAGGAUCAAUUUGCUUAUUAUACGCAAAAUAUUGAUCUGUGGUGUUGAAAAUUUGAACUUGAUUUGGAAAUUAUUAUAGAUUUUGUGCUUGGAAGAGCGACAUCGAACAAAGAAGAAUUCAUCUGAAAAUGAUGUUUUUCAAAAAUGAUCGGCCUGAAUGCAGACGGCAACCAGUUCUGAUUUCUUAUCAAAUAUUUGUAGAAUCAUGAUUUUUCAAAAAUAAAUGUUGCCUAAGUCGACGCAUGUUUUGCAUGGGUUUCUUUGUAUUGUUAGCAGUAAUUUGAGCAAACUAAUCACUUAACAAAUCAUUAUAGUUCAUAUUAGUUAAAAGUGCACCGGCGAGAGCUAAUAUCGAGGAGAAAUUCAUAAAAAGGUAUUUCAAACAUUUUUCCGGGAUUAUCCAAGCACUCCACUAAAAAGAAUGACGCCAAUUUUGUUUUAUUCUGGAUUUAAUUGUCAUCUAUUCUUUGGACACGUUACAACUGUAAACCCUGUAUUUAAUAUAGACAGUGCCCAUUAAGAAAUGUGCGACAUUCGUUUUUGUAUUUGUACACUGCGCUUCAAAUUACGCAUCAUUCUUUACUCAAAUCAACAAAUAUUUUUAACAAUUGCUAUUUAAUACUUUCCAAUGAAACAUUUUUUAUAUUAAAUUCUAUUUUUAAAUUUUCCUACAAUUUUAAUCAAAUUAUACAUUUCCCAAUUAUUCCUUUAAAAAUCGAAUUUGAACUAAAUAUCUAUAAUAGUUAAUUACGUUUACUGCUAUAACUGUUGGGGCCGUUUUCUGGAUAGUACUGUCGUUUCUAAAUUGAAUAAUUGUUUGAACCAGUAACAUUAAAUUUAUUAUAUUACACAAUAAAUAUCGGCCGUGUUGUUCAAAGCAGUGAUCAAUUAUUUAGUGCAAUAUGUACUUAUUCUUUUAAAUUAGUGGUAAUUGAUUUGAAUAAUUCUGUUUUUUUUUUAAAUCAAAUCUCACUUGAAUGGUGCAUUUCAUUUGUAAUGCAAUGUAUAUGGUGUGUCUCACGUUAUAGAAUGUAUAACUCAGAAAAUAUUCAUUUUGAAAUGUUGAAAUUUGGUCAUUAAGAUUUUCGACUACGUCGACUUAUCACUGAGAUCAACUCAUUUUAGCUCCCAUAUUAUGUUACGCGUAUGUAUUCUAAGUGCGAAUUUGAAACUGGACAGUCUUGCUAGUACUCAACCACGCAUAUUGUAAAGUUGUACAGACAUACCAUAUGUCUCAAAGUUUUGGCUUCAGUGUAAUUGUAAUAACAAUCAGUAAGUUUGUAAUUGUUCUGCUCUAUUACUAAACGUAUACUUACAUCUAAUACCAAUUGUAGUUCAAUUUUAGUUCGAAUGUAUGUUCUUUGUAUGUAACUUCAUUUAUACACAUUUUCUAUUAAUGUCGAUUAAGGAAACUGCGAGAAAAUCUUAUAUUUCUAAAACAAUCUUUUCAAAAACUGCCGGGUUAUGCAUGGUUGCAACUUUUGGUUCUAUUGUUAAUUAGCCUCGAGUUGGUUUCAUUUUAAGUUCGUUUACCCCUUCCGAUAAAAUAUGAAAGGACUUAUAAUGACUAUAGUCAGGAAGGAAUAAAAUGUCAAAACAGUUUUUCUAAGGCUUUAAUAGUCUGCUUAUUUAUUUGAUUUUGGUGAUUUUUGUCGUUCCAUGUUGAAUUGAAUAACGAAAGAAAUGCUCAUCUGCUGAAUCAUACUCAUCACCGGUGUAAUUUUAUUUUUCAGAUAAAUAAUUGCUUUUAUGCGAUUACG